AUGUCACCUGACAGACUUGAACAUCUUUUGUCAUUAAUUGGAUCUUCAUUAACGAAAAAGUAUUGUCCCACUAGAGAUUCUAUAUGUCGGUUGCAAAGAUUAAUUAUAACAAUUCGAUACCUUGCUACAGGAGAAUCACAACAAACUCAGUCAUUUUAUUUUCGAGUUGGCAGAGCUACAGUUUGCCAUAUAAUCGAAGAAACUUGUUGUGCAAUAUGGAAAGUUCUCAAGAAAGUCUUUCUACGAGCCCCAAAUGAUGUAAAAGAAUGGCAAAAUAUUAUUAAAGAGUUUGAUAAAAAUUGGACUUUUCCACAAUGUAUAGGAGCUAUUGAUGGAAAGCAUGUACACAUUGAAGCACCUGCAAAAUCUGGAUUUUCUUUUUAUAACUACAAAGAGUUUUACAGCAUGGUUUUAUUAGCAAUUUGUGAUGCUAAAUAUUGUUUCACAAUGGUUGACAUUGGGGCUUAUGGAAGGGAUAAUGAUGCUGCCAUUUUAAAUGCGAGCACGUUUGGGAGGGCAUUUAAUAAGGGUUAUUUUAGUUUACCAAAAAUUUCUGAAUUUGAUCCUAAAGUUCCACUGGUCCUUGUUGGAGAUGACAUAUUUGCACUUAAACCAUGGUUAAUGAAACCGUACCCAGGUAAAAAUCUUACUGUUCAGCAAAGAGUUUUUAAUUAUCGCUUAUCUAGAGCACGUAGAACAAUCGAAAAUAGUUUUGGAAUUUUAGCAGCUAGAUGGAGAAUAUACAGAUAUCCAAUUAAAGCAAAGCCAUUUAAAGUGGAACAUAUAAUAAAGGCUACUGUUUGUCUUCACAACUAUUCGCGUUUAACAGAUGGAGCGCAUUAUAUUCCUACUGGUUUUGUUGAUAGUAAAAGUCAUUCAGGAAUUGUUAUUCAAGGAGAUUGGAGAAAAGAAUUACAAGAUCAAGGGUGUUUGCUUGAUUUCUCAAAAUCAACAAGUAAUAGAUCUGUUUUUGAUGCAAUUGCAAUAAGAAAUACUUAUAAAGAUUAUUUUAAUUCAUGUGAAGGAAGACUUUCGUGGCAAAUGGACCAUGUUCAAUCGUGUGGCCACAAUCAGUUAAUAACUAAAAUGUAUGUAAUAAACAAAACUUCCUAA